AGCUAUGUUCGACUCCGUCUUUGCUUAGACAGAAUUCAGAAGCGAAGUGGGAACGUCGUUGUCGACAAAUGUUUCGUAGUUCUCCGAUCGUUUCUGAUUUUAUUCUGAUUCCGGUGAAGAAAUCGAGCCUCCUCCACUGAACUUGACAGUUGUAAGACAUGGACAGGAUCAGUGUGUUGGCUGAUGACUUGUUGAUUAAGAUAUUGUCGUAUGUUCCGACGAAAGUCGCAGUAUCCACUAGCGUUCUGUCUAAGCGAUGGGAGUAUCUUUGGAUGUGGGUGCCUAAGCUCGAGUACAUUGAUUACAAAGACCCUGAUGAUGACGUUUCCGUGUCUUCAUUACGAAGGUAUCGAGAUUUCAUUCACAAGAAGCUUCCUUUACACAGAGCUCCCAUCAUCGAAAGCUUGAGCCUUGCUUUUGAUCAUCGCUUGUUUCGACCUGAGGAUAUCAGACUGUGGAUUGAAAUUGCAAUCUCUCGCGGCGUACGGGAGCUAAUUAUCUACUGUGGCCCUUCCUAUGACGACCUCGAAGUAGCAUUGCCGAGUAGCUUAUACACCUGCAAAACUCUCGAGACUUUGAAGCUUGAAGGGACUCAGGUUGUCUUGGAUGUUCCUCCAAGGGUUUGUCUCCCUUCCCUGAAAACCUUGAAGCUUGAAAGUGUGACAUGCGGGGAUGAAGAUUCUCUUGGAUCGCUUCUGCCUUGCUGCCCUGUUCUGGAAGAUCUGGCUAUUGCACGAGAAGAGGGUGACAAUAUGGAAGUGUUGGUUGUUAAUCACCCGUCCUUGCAGAAGUUUUCGUUACUGAUAGAAGAUCACUGUUCUGGUGAUGGAUCUGUGACGAUAGAUACACCGUCUUUGAAGCACUUCAGAGUUGAGGACAUUAGAGACAGAUUCACCUAUUCGAUUAAGCACAUGCCUCAGCUGGAAGAGGCAGAGAUCUAUGUUUUCCGAGGUCUCCAACACUUUGUCGAAGCAAUCACAUCUGCGAAACGUCUCUCAGUAGAAGUGCUUUCCAACAAUGACCAAGAGUCUAUGUACCGUUUUGGUAUUGUCUUCGACCAGCUUGAACAGCUGACCCUAAUUAGAUGCGACGAUUAUUGGUCAAAGUUACUUGUCCGGUUGCUCAAUGAUUCUCCUAAACUGCGAACCCUCAAUCUCUGGCUCCAUCAAGAUUUUAUGGAGAGUGAAGAACCGAUUAGCUGGAGCAAUGAGGAGAGUUCCAUUCCUGAGUGUUUGUUGGAGAGUCUUGAAACUUUCGAGUUUGCAGAGUACAAAGCAUUAGAAGAAGAGAGAGAUUUCUCGAGUUUCAUCUUCAAACAUGCUCGUUGCUUGAAGUCUCCAAAGAUCUCGAGUUGAUCAUGUUAUGUUCCACAAGAGAGACUUGAAAAUUUACCAAAGCGUCGUCGUUGUGUUUGAGAAUGGAUGUUAGGUUUGUUUUGCUGUCAAAGAAUUUGGUAUUUUCAACAAAACUUCUGCCUUGUUAUCUUUUGGUUAGUUUCUAUAUUCUGGUUUGUGUAAUGUGUGCCUUUCGGCUCAAGUCUCUUAUUAAAUAAUAAUAGAGCCAACUCAGGUUUUGGU